GAACAUAGUGAGCUAACCAAUUCGGUGGGCAGCAGCAUUUUGUCUGAAGUGGCCACGGAAUCUCCAUGUUAUAUAUAGGCAGCAACACCAGUAUCUAAAAAGCAUCGAGCAGGAUGGACGAAUCGACGAUGAAUAAGACCGUUCUGGAGGUCGGAGCCGACGGAGUUGGCAUCAUCACCAUCGUCAAUCCUCCCCUCAACUUGGUCUCCGUUGAUGUAUUUCUUAGCUUAAAGAAGAGCAUUGAGGAAGCAGUACAACGUGAUGACAUUAAAGCACUUGUUAUAACUGGUUCACAAGGCAAGUUUUCAGCAGGUGCCGACGUGACAACGUUUGGGAAAGGGAUAAAGGCGCGCACUGACUUUGGUUUCCUAUCCAUUGAAUUUGCAACCGACACAUUGGAAGCUGCUAGAAAACCUAUCGUGGCUGCAAUUGAUGGACCUGCAUUUGGUGGUGGAUUAGAAGUUGCGCUGGCUUGCCAUGCCCGUAUAUCCACCUCUGCAGCACAACUAGGCUUGACUGAACUCCAGUACGGAAUCCUUCCUGGACUUGGAGGAACUCAACGUCUUCCACGGCUAGUGGGUCUUCCUAAGGCCCUUGAGAUGAUUAUGAUGUCAAAAAGAAUAAGUGGGAAAGAUGCUUUAAAGUUGGGACUGGUGGACGCUAUAGCUCCAAGGGAUACAUUGCUUAGUACAGCACGACAGUGGGCUUUGGAUAUAUCGGAUUACAGAAAACCAUGGGUUGUUAGCCUUUACAAAACUGACAGAUUAGAGCCCUUGUCAGAAGCUAGGAUAAUACUUAACUUAGCCAAAUCUCAAGCACGGGAAAGAACUCCAAAUUUGACACACCCACUGGUUUGCAUUGAUGUCAUUGAAGAGGGUAUAGUUGCCGGUCCUCGUACUGGACUAUGGAAGGAAGCAGAGGCUUUGCUACAACUUCGACAAUCAGACACUUGCAAGGCUUUAGUCCACUUUUUCUUUGCUCAGCGAGCAACGUUGAAGAUUCCUGGCAUCACUGAUAUGGCACUCUCACCACGGAAAAUAAAUAAGGUUGCCAUUUUAGGCGGUGGUUUAAUGGGCUCUGGAAUAGCAACAGCGUUUCUUCUGGCUAAUUACCAUGUAAUCCUUAAAGAAGUAGAUCACAAUUUACUGUUAGCUGGGAUUGGCAGAGUUAAAGCCAAUCUCCGAAGUCAUGCUAAAAAAGGGAAAAUGACUAAAGAGAAACUGGAGACAGUUUCUUCUCUAUUAGAGGGUGUUCUUGAUUAUGAUAGCUUCAAAGAUGUGGACUUGGUCAUAGAGGCUGUUCUUGAAGAUGUCUCUUUAAAACAACAAGUUUUUGCUGAUCUCGAGAAGUAUUGCCCUCAGCAUUGCAUCUUUGCCAGUAAUACCAGCUCUAUUGACUUAAAUAAAAUUGGAGAAAACACCACAUCCCAAAAUAGGAUCCUUGGGGCCCACUUUUUUAGUCCUGCUCAGUUCAUGCCUCUCCUGGAGAUAGUACGUACAGAAUGGACAUCCUUGCAAGUGCUUGUGGACUUGCUGGAUGUUUCAAAGAAGAUAAAGAAAACAGCUGUAGUUGUUGGUAACUGCACUGGAUUUGCAGUAAAUCGCAUGUUCUUUCCGUUCUCCCAAGCAGCCACACUGCUCGUAGAACGUGGUGCAGAUAUCUAUCAGAUUGAUCAGUCUAUCACAAGUUUUGGAAUGCCGAUGGGCCCGUUUAGAUUGGCCGAUCUAGUUGGCUUUCGAGUUGCUGUUGCCAGUGGUUCUCAAUACAUUGAAAAGUUCAAAGAAAGAGUCCAUAAAUCAUAUCUGAUUCCCUUCAUGCUUGAGGAUAAACGCGAAGGUCAAUCCACCUGUAAAGGUUUCUAUCUUUAUGAUGAAAAGCGGAAAGCUAGUCCAGAUCCAGAAAUAGUGAAAUUUGUCGAGAAAGCUAGAAGAGCAUCUCAAGUUACUGUGGAUCCCAAGCUGUCAAGGCUGUCUGCUGGAGAAAUAGUGGAAAUGCUAUUCUUUCCUGUUGUGAAUGAGGCCUGCCGUAUACUUGCAGAAGGAGUUGCAAUUAGAGCAUCAGAUCUUGAUAUUGCUUCUGUUUUGGGAAGGGGAUUUCCUGCAUAUAGAGGAGGGAUCAUUUUCUGGGCCAAUUUUAUUGGCUCUAAAUACAUCUGCUCAAGAUUGGAGGAUUGGUCUAGAGUUUAUGGCAAGUUCUUCGAGCCCUGUCCUUAUUUAGUGGAACAUGCUAUGAAACAGAUUCCUCUGGGGACAGAAACUAAGCACACACCCCGACUAUGAGCUUCAUCUGCUCCGCAAGAAUGUUUGAAUCAGUAAGAGUGGCCUCCAGAAGAAUAGUCACCAUGCAAAAACUCAAAUCUCUUCAGCCUGUUCCAGUGCUAUCCCCAUUGAAAGAUACGUUAAAAACCGUUGAUUUCUUAUAAUGCUAUUUCAACAUGAAUCAGAAAUGCUAGCCUAAUUCUGCAAGAACAGCUUGCAGAAUUAGGCAUUUUGAGUGGUUGACACACACAGACAGCAAUUAACUAUGUGAUGCAUAAUUAGUGGCUAAUGCACUUGUUUAGACUACAAUUAUUUAAACUAAAUGAACUAUUAAAUAGUUUGUUUAUAUUAAUGCUA